AUGAAGAACAUUCAGCGUCUCGAACUGCCGGCUGCGGCUGACAUGCAUGUCCAUUUACGUCAGGGCGAUAUGAUGGACUUGGUUGUUCCAACGGUUCGCCAAGGAGGAGUCGAUACGGUAUUCGUUAUGCCUAAUCUCUUGCCUCCUCUUACUGCCGUCGAGCAGGUUCUCGAGUACAAGGCCAAGCUCACGGCCAUCACCCAAGAUGUCAACUUCCUCAUGUCACUCUAUCUUCACCCUUCAGUCACUCCUGAAGUGAUAGCCAAAGCUGCCGAGGCUGGUGUAACCGGUGUGAAGUUGUACCCUCAGGGUGUAACCACCAACUCUGAGAGUGGUGUGUCGGAUAUUACAGCCUUUUAUGAUACUUUUGCCGCAAUGGAAAAGCACGGAAUUGUCCUCGAGUCUCUUGCGCCAGCCGACACAACCCUUGAGGAGGCUUUCCUCCCAACCCUAAAGCAGCUCCAUGACCGAUUCCCUCAGCUACGCAUCGUGCUUGAGCACUGCACCACCUCCGCUGCUGUAGAGGCUGUCAAGGCCUGUGGCCCAACUGUAGGCGCUACCAUCACCGCUCACCACCUCUACCUCACUUCUCACGAGGCCUGUUGCGAUCCUUUCGCCUUCUGCAAACCUAUUCCUAAGAAACCAACAGACAGAGAUGCCCUAAUCAAGGCUCUUGUCAGUGGCAACUCCAAGUUCUUUUUCGGCAGCGACAGCGCUCCCCAUCCCCUGCGGUCCAAGACAUCUGCUGAGCAGGGUAAGGCACCUGCUGGCGUUUUCACUCAGCCCUACGUCGUGCAACUUGUCCUCCUUGGUCUCGAGGAAGCCAUCGACCGUGGCGUCAUCUCGGAAGCUGAUGUGACACAAGAGAUACUCGAAAACUUCCUCAGUCGUAACGGACGUCGCUUUUACAAGCUACCCGAGACCUCUGGUAAAAAGAUUAUCCUAGAGCGCAAGGGGGACAAGAUCCCCACUAGCAUCAAGAGUGCGGACAGCAAGACUGAAGUUGGUAUCUCGCGACAUGGAGCUGAGGUAUUCAGUUUGACGUGGGCUUGA